AUGCUUAAAUCUUUACAUCAAAGUACUAUACUUGUUUCUCGAGCAAGGGCGAUCUUGAAAAGAUUCAAGGCAACAAAGACUCACCCAGCCAAGGAUGAUGAUGACGAAGUUGAUGGUUCCAAACUCGAGUCCGAUGUCGACUUCGCUAUAGUGGAGAGGAUGAAACAAAUAUUGGAGGAAAAAAUUGCUAGCAGUCUGGCGACUCCCCAAAUACGUCAAAUGAACCCUCAAAUCAACAGUUUCUUGACAAAAUAUGACUACGGCACCAAAGAUCAACAACAACUCAACCAUGCACAAUCAUACAUAAAAAGUGAGCCGCUUCUAAAGCACAAUAAACACGCGAGAGACAUCUACAAUGCAAAACCGUGGCUGGGAGAGGAGACAAACUACGAUGCUAAUCUAAGAAUGAUUUUAGAUCUGAAGCCAAAACCAAUCAAUGACCCAAUGGCCACAUUUCAAUUGAAAAGAAAGGUUUCGGCUGGUGAUAAGCUUGCAAUGGCAAGAGACGGAAGCUUAGAUUAUAAGAUCAACAGAAACCCUGAGGACAAGGAAAAAGCAAAGUUUAGAGAAAUUUACAAAGAAAGACUUUUGGGUCCUUCAAUGUUGCUUGCUAAUGCCUCAUCAGUUGAUUUUGUUAAUAGUCUUGCUGGGAAUAGAAUCAAUGCUGCUAUUGAUCAACAAACAGGAAGAUUUAACUCGCCUGAAAUGAAUAAUGUUCGAGGAAAGCCUCUAACCCUGGAACAUUUGAAGAAUUGUACUGACAGCAAUUACUUUAUGAACCAGAUUUUGAACAAACAAGAGGUGUUACCACCUUGGAUUGAGAAUCAGCAAAAUUUGAACAAAUCAAUUGAACAAUUUAAAGCUGAUUUGGAUCAGUUGUGGUUUAAGUGGGUGAUUAAUGAGUCAACUAUGAAGGGAUAUAUCGAGAGGGCCACCACAGUGGAUCAGAUAUUGGAUGAAUAUGAAAAAAACAUAGAGAAGAUCACAUUCGAAGACAAUAGCUUGUCGGGGACUGAUCUAGCUUAUAUUCAGGCAAAAAUUGAUUCGUUGAAUACAGAUAUCAGACAUUACAACUUACAAUGCCCCAGUGUCAGUGGUCACAAGUUGAAAUUGGAUAAGGACAAAGAGGUAAACGAGUCUUACUGGCGGACUUUGGACAAGUUUCCCACAUUGAUUGAAAAAUGGUUCAAGGUGCAUAAAGGAGGAUGGAAAUCCAAAUUGGUUGAUAAUCCCGGUGGUGGACCCCUGAAAUAUUUCAAUGCGUUGAAAUUGAAAGGAUCACCUGAAAUUCACGAGAAUAAGAAUGUUGAUACGAGCUUGAAUUUGUGGAAAGCAAUCAAAGAUGUAUUCAAAAUGGCCAAAUAG